AAAGUGAAGUGAAAGCCUAAAGUGAGCUAUUUGGAUAUUAAAAUGUUUCUGUAAUGAAAGUCAUUUAACCCACGAUGGUUUAUGAAACAAUACCACGUACUGUACGCAUCCUAUUGCUUGGAGAACCUGGAGUCGGAAAAACUUCGUUAAUCCUUUCAUUAGUGACGGAAGAGUUUGCAGAACAUGUCCCGCCAAAAGCUGAAGAGAUUACUAUUCCGGCAGAUGUUACUCCGGAGCAAGUACCGACAAAUAUAGUUGACAUAAACGCAUCAGAACAAUCCCUAGAACAAGUGGGAGAGGAAAUUGAGAAGGCUCAUGUAAUAUGCAUAGUUUUCUCAGUAGAUCGACAGGAGACCUUGAACAAAAUAGCCUCCUACUGGCUGCCGUUUGUGAGAGAUAACUGUCAUAGUGACUUUCGGAAACCCAUCAUACUUGUGGGGAACAAGAUUGAUUUGAUAGACUAUUCUGUAAUAGAUAACAUCUGGGAUAUAGCCGAGGAGUACCCAGAAGUGGAUAGAUGUAUUGAGUGUUCUGCUAAAACCCUCAUGAAUGUCUCUGAAAUGUUCUACAAUGCACAAAAAGCAGUUUUACAUCCAAUACAUCCAAUUUACUCCAUUGAGGAACAAGAGUUGACAGAAAAAUGCAAAAGAGCACUAUCAAGGAUUUUUAAAAUCUGUGAUUUGGAUGGUGAUGGAUUGAUGGAUGAUUAUGAGAUAACCAUCUUUCAAAGGAAAUGCUUUGACACUCCCCUUCAAUUGCAGGUUUUAGACGAAGUGAAAUCUGUAAUUGCGCAAAACAUUGCUGGUGGGAUUGAGAAUGAGUGCAUCACAAUGAAGGGCUUCGUAUUUCUGCAUUGCCUGUUCAUUCAACGCGGAAGGAAUGAGACUACGUGGACUGUUCUGCGAAAGUUUGGAUAUGACGAGAGUUUGGAUCUCACACACACUUAUUUAUAUGCUAAUAUAAAGAUACCUGUAGGCUGUACAACAGAAUUAUCUUACAAAGGGCAACAGUUUUUGACGCAAAUAUUUGAGAAAUACGACAGGGAUAAAGAUGGGAUGCUUAAUCCAACUGAAUUGAAGAAUGUGUUCGCUUGCUGCCCACGAAUACCUUGGCAUAACUUACGUUAUACUGUACCAACUAAUGAAAAGGGUUAUUUGACACUGCAAGGCUGGAUGUGUCGGUGGACAUUGAUGACUUUACUGGAUUUGCAGAAUACAAGUGCUUAUCUGGCUUAUUUAGGCUACAAUUUCCUUGAGAGUGAGUCACAAAAGUCGGCUAUACACAUAACGCGCGAAAAGAAGGUGGACAUUGCCAAGAAACAGUCUAGCCGCAACGUGUACCAGUGCCACGUGAUCGGACCGAGAUCGUGCGGCAAGACGUCCAUCUGCAGGAGUUUCCUCGGCAUCGCACAUAAGAAAAUAAAACCACAAACACAAGAACGGGGCGACGGUAAUGUAACAGAGAACUGCUGUAUAAACACCAUCUUAGUAUAUGGACAAGAGAAAUAUUUGGUCCUGAAAGAGAUCCCAAUAACACGUGUAUCGGAUCCCCUACAACCGCAUGAAGUGAAUUGCGAUGUCGCCUGCCUAGUCUACGACAUGUCUGCUAGCCGCUCCUUUGAAUACAUUGCCAGAAUUUACAUUAAAUAUUUUGCAGAAAGUCACAUUCCUGUACUCAUAGUGGGCACUAGGGGGGAUGCUCUGAUCGCGCGACAGGAGUACAUACUACAGCCUGAAGUGUUCUGCGCUAAGUACCAACUGCUGCCACCCCAGGUGUUCCUUAUCAAGGAGAACAAACAGGAUGUUUUCGUCAAACUCGCCACUAUGGCUGCAUUUCCUCAAUUUCAAGCUGCUUGGAUGUUGUUCAGCAAACACAGACAUUUGAAGCACUUCGCAAGUCUGGCCGGGGAGAACUCUUCGUGGUGGAAGGCAGGCAUCGGUGUGGCCGCCGCCACUAUCAUGGGGCUCGUACUUAUCAAGAUUUUCAACUUUCAGAGACGAUGAAUUGUCAGUUGCCUUCGCACCUAGUGUUGUACAUAACUUGUAUUAUGUAGUAUUAUGGUUGUACCCAUUUAAUUUUGUAGAAGCUACAAAUGUUUUUGUUGUAAUAAAGUAAUGUUAGGAGUAAAAAAAUAAUGUCCGUAUUGUCCUGAGGGAAAUUGAAUUUAGAGUGAAGUUAUAUAUUGCUAAGGUGAUUUUGUUGCCAUGUCGAAAUUCAGGUACACAUUAUUUUACUGUCAAACAGGAAAAGACAUACUUUUGUCUGAAUUAAAUGAGAACAACCUAUUAAAUCUCCUUUUAUUGAUGUAAACCA